CUGGCCGUGCUGGCGGCCGCCGCUGCUGGUUGCGCCCGGGCAGCCAUGGACGAGUGCACGGACGAGGGCGGGCGGCCGCAGCGCUGCAUGCCCGAGUUCGUCAACGCCGCCUUCAACGUGACCGUGGUGGCCACCAACACGUGCGGGACUCCGCCCGAGGAGUACUGUGUGCAGACCGGGGUGACCGGGGUCACCAAGUCCUGUCACCUGUGCGACGCCGGCCAGCCCCACCUGCAGCACGGCGCCGAGUUCCUGACCGACUACAACAACCAGGCCGACACCACCUGGUGGCAAAGUCAGACCAUGCUGGCCGGGGUGCAGUACCCCAACUCCAUCAACCUCACGUUGCACCUGGGGAAAGCUUUUGAUAUCACCUACGUGCGCCUCAAGUUCUACACCAGCCGCCCGGAGAGCUUUGCCAUUUACAAGCGCACACGGGAAGAUGGGCCCUGGAUCCCUUACCAGUACUACAGUGGCUCCUGCCAGAACACCUACGCAAAGGCAAAACGAGGCUUCAUCAGGACAGGAGGAGAUGAGCAGCAGGCCUUGUGCACGGAUGAGUUCAGUGAUAUUUCUCCUCUGUCUGGUGGCAACGUGGCCUUUUCCACCCUGGAGGGAAGGCCCAGCGCAUACAACUUUGACAAUAGCCCUGUGUUGCAGGAAUGGGUAACUGCGACUGACAUCAGAGUCACGCUCAAUCGCCUCAACACUUUCGGAGAUGAAGUGUUCAAUGAUCCAAAAGUUCUCAAGUCCUAUUACUAUGCAAUCUCUGAUUUUGCUGUGGGUGGCAGGUGUAAAUGCAACGGUCAUGCUAGUGAAUGUGGGAAGAAUGAAUAUGGCAAGCUGGUGUGCAAUUGCAAGCAUAAUACGUAUGGAGUAGACUGUGAAAAGUGUCUUCCCUUCUUCAACGACCGGCCGUGGAGGAGAGCAACUGCAGAGAGCGCCAGCGAGUGCCUGCCCUGCAACUGCAAUGGUCGGUCACAGGAAUGCUACUUUGACCCUGAACUGUACCGUUCCACUGGCCACGGCGGCCACUGUACCAACUGCCAGGAUAACACAGAUGGUCCCAACUGUGAGAGGUGCCGUGAGAAUUUCUUCCGCCUUGGCAGCAAUGAAGCCUGCGCUCCGUGCCAUUGUAGUCCUGUUGGUUCUCUCAGCACGCAGUGUGAUAGCUAUGGAAGAUGCAGCUGUAAACCAGGAGUGAUGGGCGACAAGUGUGACCGUUGCCAGCCUGGGUUCCAUUCUCUCACUGAGGCAGGAUGCAGGCCAUGCUCUUGUAAUCCUUCUGGCAGCAUUGAUGAAUGUAAUGUCGAAACAGGAAGAUGUGUCUGCAAAGACAAUGUGGAAGGCUUCAACUGUGAGAGAUGCAAGCCUGGAUUUUUCAAUCUGGACUCAUCUAACCCCAGGGGUUGCACACCCUGCUUCUGCUUUGGGCAUUCUUCUGUCUGCACAAACGCCGCUGGCUACAGUGUUUACUCCAUAACCUCUGCAUUUGAGAUUGAUGAGGAUGGGUGGCAUGCGGAACAGAGGGAUGGCUCUGAAGCCUCUCUUGAGUGGUCCUCUGACAGACAAGACAUUGCUGUCAUCUCAGAUAGUUACUUUCCUCGGUACUUCAUUGCUCCUGAAAAGUUCUUGGGCCAGCAGAUGUUGAGUUAUGGCCAGAACCUCUCCUUCUCCUUCCGAGUGGACAGGCGGGACACUCGCCUCUCUGCAGAGGACGUGGUACUCGAGGGGGCCGGCCUGAGAGUAUCUGUGCCCUUGAUUGCACAGGGCAACUCCUAUCCCAGUGAGACAACUGUGAAGUACGUCUUCAGGCUCCAUGAAGCAACAGAUUACCCUUGGAGACCGACUCUCGCCCCUUUUGACUUUCAGAAACUUCUCAACAAUUUGACCUCUAUCAAGAUCCGUGGGACAUAUAGUGAAAAAAGUGCAGGGUAUCUGGAUGAUGUCACCUUGUCAAGUGCUCGUCCUGGGCCUGGGGUCCCCGCACCAUGGGUGGAGACCUGCACCUGCCCUGCGGGGUACACAGGGCAGUUUUGUGAGAUGUGCAUUGAAGGCUACAGGCGAGAAACACCAAGUCUUGGACCAUAUAGCCCCUGUGUGCUUUGUUCGUGCAACGGGCACAGCGAGACCUGUGACCCUGAGACAGGUGUCUGCAACUGCAGAGACAACACAGCUGGGCCACACUGUGAAAAAUGCAGUGAUGGGUACUAUGGAGAUUCAACCACGGGUACCUCCUCAGAUUGCCAACCCUGCCCCUGCCCUGGAGGCUCCAGUUGUGCUGUUGUCCCCAGGACAAAGGAAGUGGUGUGCACAAAUUGUCCCACUGGCACCACUGGGAAAAGGUGUGAACUCUGUGAUGAUGGCUACUUUGGAGACCCUUUGGGUAGAAAUGGCCCUGUGAGGCUUUGUCGCCUGUGCCAAUGUAAUGACAACAUUGAUCCUAAUGCAGUUGGGAAUUGCAAUCGCUUGACGGGAGAAUGCCUGAAAUGCAUCUAUAACACUGCCGGCUUCUAUUGUGACCGCUGCAAAGAUGGGUUUUUUGGAAAUCCCCUGGCUCCCAAUCCAGCAGACAAAUGCAAAGCCUGCAGUUGCAACCCCUAUGGUACCGUGAGGCAGCAGGGCAGCUGUAACCCCGUGACUGGACAGUGUGAAUGUCUGCCUCAUGUGACGGACAGGGACUGUGGUGCCUGUGACCCUGGAUUCUAUAACCUGCAGAGCGGACAAGGCUGCGAGAGGUGUGACUGCCAUGCCUUGGGUUCCACCAAUGGUCAGUGUGACAUUAUCACAGGCCAGUGUGAGUGCCAGCCAGGCAUCACGGGUCAACACUGUGAACGGUGUGAGGUCAACCACUUUGGAUUUGGACCAGAAGGCUGCAAACCCUGUGACUGUCACCCGGAGGGGUCUCUGUCACUGCAGUGCAAAGAUGACGGUCGCUGUGAAUGCAGAGAAGGCUUCGUGGGGCACCGCUGUGACCAGUGUGAAGAAAACUAUUUCCACAAUCGGUCCCGGCCUGGCUGCCAGGAAUGCCCUCCGUGCUACCGGCUGGUGAAAGAUAAGGUUGCUGAUCACCGACUGAAACUCCAGGAAUUAGAGGGACUCAUAGCAAACCUUGGAACUGGGGAUGAUGUGGUGACAGAUAAAGCCUUUGAGGACAGACUGAAGGAAGCAGAGAGAGAAGUGAUGGACCUUCUUCGUGAGGCCCAGGAUGUCAAAGAUGUAGACCACAAUCUGAUGGACCGCCUCCAGAGAGUGAACAACACUCUGUCCAGCCAGAUAAGCCGUUUACAGAAUAUCCGGAAUACCAUCGAAGACACUGAGAAUUUAGCUGAACGAGCACGUGCCCAAGUGGAGAGCACAGAGAGGUUGAUUGAAAUUGCAUCACGGGAACUUGAGCAAGCGAAAGUUGCCAUUGCCAAUGUGUCAAUCACACAGCCAGAAUCUCCAGGGGACCCAAACAAUAUGACUCUCUUAGCAGAAGAAGCACGGAAACUUGCUGAACGCCAUAAACAGGAAGCUGACAACAUUGUACGAGUGGCAAAGACAGCCAAUGAUACCUCAACUGAGGCAUAUAAUCUGCUUCUGAAGACACUAGCGGGAGAAAAUCAAACAGCAAUUGAGAUUGAAGAACUUAAUAGGAAAUAUGAGCAAGCAAAGAACAUCUCACAGGAUCUGGAGAAGCAAGCAGCCCGGGUUCAUGAGGAAGCCAAAAGGGCUGGUGAUAAGGCUGUGGAGAUCUAUGCCAGUGUCGCUCAGCUGACCCCUGUGGACUCAGAGGCCCUGGAGAAUGAAGCAAAUAAAAUAAAGAAAGAAGCUGAUGAUCUGGACCGUCUUAUUGACCAGAAGCUAAAAGAUUAUGAAGACCUCAGGGAAGACAUGAGAGUGAAGGAGUUCCAAGUAAAGAACCUCUUGGAGAAAGGAAAAAUCGAACAGCAGACUGCAGACCAACUCCUGGCCCGAGCUGAUGCUGCCAAGGCUCUUGCUGAAGAAGCUGCUAAAAAGGGACGAAAUACCUUACAAGAAGCCAAUGAUAUCCUCAACAACCUGAAAGAUUUCGAUAGGCGAGUGAAUGAUAACAAGACUGCGGCAGAGGAGGCGCUGAGGAGGAUCCCUGCCAUCAACCAGACUAUCAACGAAGCCAAUGAGAAGACGCAGGAAGCCCGCCUUGCCCUGGGCAACGCUGAUGCGGAUGCCAGGGAGGCGAAGAACAAGGCCCACGAGGCGGAGAGGAUUGCCAGUGCUGUCCAGAAGAAUGCCACCAGUACCAAGGCAGAGGCAGAAAGGACCUUUGCAGAAGUUACAGAUCUGGAUAAAGAGGUGAACAAUAUGAUGAAACAACUUCAGGAAGCGGAGAAAGAGCUGAAGAGAAAGCAAGACGAUGCUGACCAGGAUAUGAUGAUGGCAGGAAUGGCUUCACAGGCUGCUCAGGAAGCAGAUAUCAAUGCCAGAAAGGCCAAGAGCUCAGCCACCAGCCUCCUCACCAUGAUCAAUGAACUCUUAGAAAGGCUGGCACAACUGGACACCGUGGACUUGAACAAGCUAAACGAGAUUGAAGGCGCCCUAAACAAAGCCAAAGACGAAAUGAAGGCCAGUGAUCUGGACAGGAAAGUGUCUGACUUGGAGAAUGAAGCCAGGAAGCAGGAGGCUGCCAUCAUGGACUACAACAGAGAUAUUGAGGAGAUCAUGAAGGACAUUCGCAACCUGGAAGACAUCAAGAAGACCUUACCGUCUGGCUGCUUCAACACCCCGUCCAUCGAGAAGCCCUAG